UCAUUAGGUCUGAUGCUAAACUUGUGAAAGAAAUUGUGGAACAUAUUUUGAAGAAAUUGAAUCAUGCACCCUCAAGAGACUUAAAGGGCCUGAUUGGAAUUGACUCACGCAUUACAGAGAUUAUAGAUUUACUACAGAAUGGAUCAUCAAAAGUUCGAAUUGUGGGAAUUUAGGGAAUGGGUGGCAUAGGUAAAACGACUAUUGCUGGAGCUAUUUUCAAUACACUCUCAAGUCAAUUUGAAGCUUGCUGCUUUCUUGAAAAUGUUAAGGAAGAAUCAAAGCAAUUUGGUGGGCUUGUUUGUUUAAGAGAAAAACUCCUUUCUGAAAUACUGGAUGAAGAACAUCUACAUAUUACCACUCCCAACAUAGGAUCCAUUUCCAUUAAGGAUAGGCUCCAGCGCAAAAAGGUUUUGCUUGUUCUUGAUGAUGUGAAUGAUGUAGAUCAAUUAGAAUUCGUAAUUGGAAGAUGCAAUUUUGGUUUGGGAAGUAGAGUUAUUGUGACAUCUAGAGACAGGCAUGUUCUUAUGAAAGGAGUUGAUGAAGUAUAUAAAGUUGAGGGAUUGAAUGAUGAUGAUGCUCUGCAUUUGUUCAGUUUGAAUGCUUUUAAGGAGAAGUAUCCAAGGAAAGAUAGAAUGGAGCUAUCAAAUAGAGCUGUUAAAUACGCUCAUGGCAACCCCUUGGCAAUUAAAGUUAUUGGUUCUUUUCUGUUUGGCAGAACAGAACAAUAUUGGGAAAGUGCACUGGAUAAACUUGGAAAAAUUCCUCAGCCUAGAAUUUUUCAUGUGUUGAGAAUAAGUUUUGAAGUGCUAGAUGAUGAAGAGAAAAGUAUAUUUCUUGAUAUUGCAUGUUUUUUUAGGGGGCAGCAAAUUGACUUCGUAGAGAGAAUACUAGAUGGUUGUGGUUUCUCAGCAGGAAUUGGAAUUACUGUUCUUGUUGAUAAAUGCCUUGUCACUGUCCUACAUAACAAGUUGAAAAUGCAUGACUUGUUGCAGCAAAUGGCUCAUGAAAUUGUUCGCCAAGAAUCUAUUAAGGGGCUGGGAAAACGCAGUAGAUUGUGGAGAUCUUGUGAUGUCUGUCAAGUGUUAACCAAAAAUCUGGGAACUGAAAGGGUUGAAGGGAUAUGGUUAGACACAUCUCAAAUAGGAGAAGUGGACUUGAUUUCAACAGCCUUUUUGAGGAUGUAUAACCUUAGAUUGCUCAAAAUCUACAAUUUUACAAUUAGAAAUAACUGUAAACUGCACCUUCCUCGUGGCCUUGAGUUCCUUUCUGAUAAGUUGAGGUAUCUCCAUUGGAAUGGAUGCCCUCUGAGCUCUUUGCCAUCCAAUUUCCAGGCAGAGAACCUUGUUGAACUUAACCUGGCUUACAGCAAUGUUAGACAGUUAUGGACAGGAGUACAGGUAUGCUGCAUUAUUUUCUUGAUUCCCUUUCUUCCGUCAUUUCCUUUUGAAAAUGCAUUUUAGUUUGGGCAUGUGCCUAUUGUUGUAUCCUAUUAUAUUGUUUUUGCUGAAUCUUGCGAGUUUGAAAGAGAUUAACCUUAGCAAUUCUGAGCACUUAUCUACAGUGCCUGACCUCUCUCUGGCUAAGAUUCUCGAGAGAGUGAAUUUUGAAUACUGUACUAACUUGGUAGAAGUUCCCUCAUCUAUUCAGUCUUUAGAGAAGCUCGGUGAUUUGAAUAUGAGAUACUGCACAAGCCUUGAGACCUUUCCUAGUGUUAUUAAUCUGAGAUCGCUUAAGACUCUUAACUUUUCUGACUGUUCAAAUCUUAUGAAGUGUCCAGAGACUGCAAAGAACAUAGUGUAUUUAAACUUAAAAGGGACUGCAAUAGAAGAACUUCCCAAAUCAACUGGGCAUCUCAGUGAUCUCAUAACAUUGGAUUUGAAGGAUUGCAAAAGAAUCAGCAAUCUUCUAGAAAGCAUUUGUUUAUUGAAAUCCCUUGUGACUAUUAAUCUCUCUGGCUGCUCUGAUAUCACCAGGAUUCCAAAUAUUUCAGGGAAAGUGAGAUUCUUGUACUUGAGUGAAACUGCAAUAGAAGAAAUUCCCUCUUCAAUUGGUAGUCUCUCUAGACUCUCUUGUUUGGAUCUUACAAACUGCAAAAGGCUCAAGAAUCUUCCUUGUGAUGUUUCUAAGUUGGCAUCUUUUGAAAAGCUUAUUCUUUCUGGCUGCACAAGAAUCACUAGGUUUCCAGAGGUUUCGAGUAACAUAAAGAAGUUGCUUUUAGAUGGGACAAAGAUCGAAGAAAUUCCCUCAUCAAUAGAGUAUUGCUUUGAACUUGAGGAACUAGGCCUGCAAAACUGCACAAGAUUUCAUAUUCUUCCGAGUAGUUUUUGUAAGUUGAAAUAUUUGCGAAGGCUUAAUCUCUCAGGCUGCUCCAGAUUUGAGAGUUUCCAGAAAUUUCGUGUGACAGGGAUUCAUUGAGAUUUCUUCACUUAGAUGGAACAGCGAUAAGAAAGGUGCCCUCACCAAUGAAAAAUUUGAGUGGUCUUUCUAUCUUGCAACUGAGAAACUGCAAAAAACUUAAAUUGAGUGGUGUCUCUAUCUGGGAAAAACUUGGUGUCUCUACUUGGGAAAGACUUUUUCCAUUGUCAAUGGCCAUCGCAGAAUUCCAGUGGAGAGAUUUGAGGUUCUUGCGUAAGCUAUAUCUAAAUGAUUGCAGCAUAUUGAAUGUGCCUAAUGCUAUUGGCUUCUUAUUCUCACUAGAAGCAUUAGAUCUAAGUGGAAACUUAUUUUCAGAGAUACCUCAAA